GACAUGGGGGGAUGAUGUAUUUCCCACCCUAGGCUUAUAGUCGAGUCAAUAACUUUUCUUGGGUUUUUGGGGUGAAAUUAGGGGCCUCGGCUUAUAUUCGGGUCAGCUUAUACUCGAGUAUAGACGGUAGUGUGCCUCCUUUUUUGUCCUAUUUUACAAGGUUUCAGCCUCCAUUGUAGUAAUCCUAUCUUCUCUGUAUCACAAGCUGAGCCUGAGAACUUCUCCCUCCCCCUUGCGCAGCUUCAGUGUAUUGUGUCACUUUAUACACAGUCCCUUACCGCCUUCCCUUGAUAUAAAUGAGCAGAUCAUUCUCUACAUCUCCAGGGGAAGGACGCUCUGCAGCUUUUAGCUCUGUUUGUUUCUAGUCCUUAUUGUCAGUGAUUGCAAACAAAUCCAAAAAGGUCUAUCCUCCAUGAUGGAGCCGGAGGGACGCAGGAUCUGUAAGGAACGGGAUGGAAACGUCUUUCUUAAUGAUUUGCUGCGAAAUUAAAUCUGCUGGACGGACAGAUCUGCCUGUGGAUUUUGCCCCCGGUGGAUUACCAGAUGCCUCGUAAAAAGGUGAUCUUCGCCUCCCUGCUGAUCUUACCCGCUAUGCUGAUGGUCGCAUUGUUUAUCAAGGUGCAGGAUUACGAAAUCUGGUAUUUCUGUCUUAGCUGCAGUGAAAGUUAUUUGCAUUAUAGCUUUGACUACAGUAACAAAGUCUUCAUGAAAAUUCCCAACAUAGACUGCAGACAAUCACCUCCAUUCCUGGUUUUCCUGGUCACCACCACGCAUGGUCAGAAAGAGGCUCGAAGUGCCAUCCGGCAAACAUGGGGUAAGGAGAGACUGAUCCAAGGCAAGAAGGUGGUUACCUACUUUCUUAUGGGUACAAGGGAAAAUGAGAGUGCAAAAGAGAAGGUCAUCUUGGCCCAAGAAAGUAUCAUUCACAGAGACAUCAUCCAACGAAACUUCUUGGACACAUAUUACAACCUGACGAUUAAAACCCUAAUGGGCCUGGACUGGAUUACGCACCACUGCCCUCAGGCGUCCUAUGUCAUGAAGACCGACACGGACAUGUUCAUCAACACAUUUUAUUUAGUCGAACUUCUUCUGAGGAAAAACCAGACUACCAACUUCUUCACGGGCAUCCUUAAGCCGAACGACAGCCCCAUCCGCAACAUCUUCAGCAAGUGGUACAUAAACAAGCGGGAGUACGCAGGAGAAAAGUACCCCCCAUUUUGUUCCGGUACUGGCUACGUGCUCUCCACAGACGUGGCGCAGAAGAUAUACAACAUCUCCAUGAGCACGCCCUUCUUCAAGUUGGAGGAUGUGUAUGUAGGCAUGUGCCUCGAAAGACUGAAGAUCCCGUUGCAAGAACUUCACAGCAAGGAAACAUUCUUUGCAUCAAAACUUCCAUUCUCGGUGUGUACGUACCGAAACAUUGUCACGUCCCAUGAGGUCCAACCCCAUGAAAUCCUGCUUUAUUGGCAGGCAUUACAGAGAUCAGGAGACGAGCACUGCUGACGGACAGUAUUUUUCUUAUGUAUAUGACAAUUUCAUCCUCUCAAGUUGUCUAGAUUACAAAGAAAUCAGGACUCAGUUUGGAACUUGAUAUUUUGUGCCUUUUAUUGAUUUCUUGAAGUUCCACAUAUACUUCAUUGACACCUCCCCUGAGGAACAAGGACGUGUGUAAAGACCCAAUUUUUUAUUUAGUUAUGUCCCUUGAUGCCUCAUUUCCAAAUGCCAAGACUGUCCAACAUUGGGUGAAGUUGCACUCACUAUUCUGCUGUCUUAUACUCCAGUCACCUCCAGAGCUGCACUCAGUAGGGACUCAUUAGGGUUAUAGGUUGAACUUGAUGGACUCUGGUUAUUUUUCAACCUUAUGAACUAUGUUACUAUGUUACUAUUUUGCUGUAACAUCAUGUUGUAAGUAACAGCAAAGGAGUGAGUGCAGCUCUUCUUGUGUUUGGAGUAUAAAACAUGAUGUAACAUCAGAAUAGUGACUGCAGAUCUGGAAGUGAAUGGAUUAUAAGACAUGAUAUAACAGCAGAAUAGUUGGUGAACCUCUGCAAGUGAUGGGAGUACAAAACAUGAUGUACCUACAAAAUAGAGACUGCAGAUUUGGAGGUGACUGGAGUAUAAGACAUGAUGUAACAGCACAAUAGUGAUUGCAGCUCUUGAGGUGACUAGAGUAUAAGCCAUGAUGUAACAGCAAAAUGGUUAGUGCAGCUCUGCAGGUAAUUGGAGUAUAAGACAUGAUGUCACAGCAGGAUAGUUAGUACAGCUCUGGAGGUGACUGGAGCAUAAGACAUAAUGUAACAGCAGAAUAGUGACUGCAGCUCUGAAGGCCAUUGUAGAAUAAGACAGAAUAUAACAGCAAAUGAGUGAGUGCAGCUCUGAAGGACAAUGGAGGAUAAGACAGGAUAUAACAGGAUACAACAUUUAUAUCAUGUUUUAUAGUCUGUGUCACGUGAUACUCCGGUCUUAAUAAAUUCCCCCCAUAGAAUUCUAAUUUGUGAAGCACAGGUUAUAAUGGGGGGGGGGGCAUAAUGAAGUGCCCCAUGCUGUAGGCCGCCCUCAUCUGGCUCUUUCUAUUUGCUAGUAGUGGUUAAUCUAUCAGCUGUUUGUUCCUAUAAUGUAGAAACUGUACUGUGAUGGAAAAAAGGGUCCGCAAUGUGCAUUUAUGGGUCACACACAAAUGCUAUUACUUUCACUAGGAUGUCGAGUCCUAUGUAAAUAAUGCUUAAAGAAAUAUGCUCCGCCCCCUCAGUACUGGAACAGAGGAGCAGAGCAUAUCAGGAUCCACCCCCUCGGAACCUGUACAAGGUAAAAUACUGUCUGCUUUUCCCAGAGAGUACCUUUACAUAGAUCGUGUCCUGCGAAAAUGACUUAUUGUUUCAAUCAUGUUUUAUGUUAAACAUGUUUUUUAAUAAUCGUUUUAAAAAAAUGUUACCUAAUCUUUCAUUUCACUAUCUAUAUUUUAAAAUAAUGCUGAAUUUUCAUUCUGGCCACUAAGCCUAAAACUAAGCUGAGACUUCCUGCUGUUUCUGUGAUGAUGCAGAAGAGGCUGCUGGAAAGUUAUCAGUAGAUAAUUACAGAAAAAGCUGACACCAGUAGACAGAGAAGACAAUAGAUGCAGCUCACAGAUCAGCCUCCCCCUCCCUGUGGAAUGACCUUUGAGAAGGUCACAGAGCACGCCCAGAAGCCUUACCUAUUCAUAUGAAUUAUGUAGCUUCUGUUUAUUGUUGACUAGGUCCAUGGGGCCUGAUGUAAGUCGUAUUUCUAAAUGCUGUUAAAAACAGCUCAGACAAGAUGUCCGUCCCCAAUAACAAUGUACAAAAAAUUGAAUAAAAAAAAAAAUGACAAACAGAAAAUAGAAACAGGCAUCAGUCACCCCCCUUGAAAACUACAACUUCCAGCAUACCCGGACAGCCAAAGGCAGCCCAAGCAUGCUGGGAGUUGUAGUUUUGGAAAGGCUGGAGAAACACUUGUUGGGAAACUCUACUCAGGGGUUUGACUUCCAUAUUUUUCUAUGUUGUUUAGUGUAAAGGUCCCUUUAAGAAACUAGCCACACCCAUGAUAAUAUUUAGCAUUUUUUUAUGGACCGUAGAUUUAUGAGAAAAAUAUUGUGUUAUAAAGAUACCAUCCUCAGGUGCAAGACCAACAUUAGUACUGCAGAGGACUACACAACUUCCUGUCAGGGGAGGGGGAGGAACCAGGGAGCUGCUGAGACAACACCACAUUGACAAUGAUAGGACUACACAACUUCCUGUCAGGAGAGGGGGAGGAACCAGGGAGAUGCUGAGACAAUACCGCGCAAAAACAUGCUAAAGCCAGUACAUUUUGUGUCAACACUGUAUUAGUAAGUCAUAUGUCUCCAUGGGGUGAUAGUCUUUUUAAUACAAUUUUCUCUUCCCAGAAUACCUCCUUUUAAAGGGGGGGGGGGGGGGGGGUCUCAGGCAUAAAAAAAAAAAAAAAACACAAAAAAAAGCAAUAUUUGCUACAGGUUGUAUAAAUAUCAAAAACAAUGUAUACUCACCUUUGCUAAACCCCCAUAGCUGCCAACACUUCUGGUUCCUGGUAGCUAAUGACGUGGCAUCACCACCCUCCCUCCUCCGGUCAAUCACUGGCCACAGCAGUGUCCCACCUCAGUCAAUGAUUGGCUGAGCAGGACACUUCUUAUAAGGAAUACACUCCAUCAGCUCGGAGGAAAAGUGUAUCACUGCAUCUGUGGGGGCUCGGUGGCAGGUGAGUAUACCUAGUUUUAUUUUUAUUUUAUAUCACCCUGUGCUUAAUACAAUUUUUUUUUAUGCCAAGACAUCCCCUUUGAUGCAUAAUGAGACACUCAAACCAGACAUUCGAUGUGAGUGAUGACAAUCGCUGUACAGCGCUGCAGAAUAUGUUGGCGCCAUAUAGAGAAAACGGGUUAGACUGUCAAUGAUAAUCAAGGGUGGAGCUUUGAAAAGGCUCAGCUGCAGUACCAGACUUUGCCUAUAGGCAAGGUUGGCGCUAUUACUGGAAAAAAGUUACAUCCUUUUUCUACUCUUUUGGGGGUACAAUCCUGCGGUUCAAGAAACUAUUUAGAAAUAUAUCCUGCCUGCAUAUUGACCCCCAGUAUUUCCGAGUACUAUAACUACCUUGCAGGGAUGUGCACAGAUAUUUUGGGGGCAGGGGCUGAACUGAAAAAAGGGCACUUAUCAUAGUUAUUUACAUAAAUGCCCACAAAAUAAUGCCAGACUGUCCAGCACUGUCCAGUGCACUUUUAGGACAAACAUCAAAAGGGCAGGGGCUCAAGCCCCCUUUCUAGUCAACCUGUGCACAUCUCUGCUGCCUUGAAAGCUAAUGAUUCAUUUAGCUCUAUGGUACAGGACACAGAAUACAUAAUAAUAUAGUGCCCUCUAGUGGUGAACCAGUCUAUAGAAAAGAUGAUGUCCCCUAUAACAUAUUAUAUUAAAGGGGUUAUCCAGGGGGAAAAAAUUUUUUAUACAUCAACUGACUCCAGAAAGUUAAACAGAUUUGUAAAUUACUUCUAUAAAAAAAAUCUUAAUCCUUUCAAUAAUUAUCAUCUGCUGAAGUUGAGUUGUUGUUUUCUGUCUGGCAACAACAGUGCUCUCUGCUGACAUCUCUGCUUGUCUCGGGAACUGCACAGAGUAGAAGAGGUUUGUUAUCUAUGGGGAUUUGCUUCUACUCUGGACAGUUCCCGAGACAGGUGUUGGCAGAGAGCACUUAGACAGCAAAGAACAACUCAACUUCAGCAGCUCAUAAGUACUGAAGGGAUUAAGAUUUUUGAAUAGAAGUAAUUUACAAAUCUGUUUAACUUUCUGGAGCCAGUUGAGAUAUAUAUAUAUAAGAUUUUUCCCUGGAUAACCCCUUUAAAUGCCUUAAACAUUUGAGUGUUACACUGAACAACUGCUGAAUGGAUGCCUGUGAGCGUCUUGUAAAACAGCGUUUUCCAAACGGUGUGCCUCCAGCUGUUGCUGAACUACAACUCCCAACAUGCUGGAAGUUGUAGUUCGGAAACAGCUGGAGACACACUGUUUGGAAACACUGUUCUGAAUACAGGGCAUGCAUGUACAUAAUAACUAUGCGCUGUACGCUCCACUGGAGCUAUGUGUAUAUAUUGUCUGUAUUGUACAUAUCAUUCUGGCUUAUAUAUUAUUUCGUUGUUCUGUGAUUUUCCUAAUAAAAUCUAAUAGGAAGGUUG